GUUGUUAUUAUUUUUUCCCAUAUAAAUAUUUUAACCCUCGUCUUUUUAGCAGAAAUGGAACCUGUUUUAAAUGUAUGGGACUCGUCGCAUUCAAUUUUAAAAUCGAAAAUCACAAAUCGAGCGUCGAUCAGGAUAUUAGAGCGAUAUCCAGUGAAAGAAAAAAAUGAAGUAGAAACACUAUUUGAUCAAGAAGAGAUGGCUGGAGGUGAUUCAGAAGCCCUUUUCAAAUUGUGUCAUCAACUCUUGAAUGUUUGGAAGUAUGCCAUUUACUUCCAGCCGAAAUCUGAAGUUUUUAUUGAUACAUUACAAGAGAACGGUUAUCCUGAUGCUGUUGUCAAAGGAAUUCUGGAAGCCUAUACUUCUGAAACCUUUUCCCAAUUAUUCGAAUCACUUGCUUCAUGCUCUCAUUCCGGAAUUCCACGUGUUCUGUCAACAGACUGGACUUCACGAACAGUUGUACGUCGAAACAAUAUUCCAUCAUCCGAUCGUGAAGCUGUCCUGACCUUUUCGACUGAUCAAGGAGUGAAACAAGUACAACUAUGUGCCAAAGACCUAGAAAAAUUGUACUGGACUGUAAAUAAAGUGCAAUCAUCAUUAGAUGGAUUACUUGAAAGAUAAGAAACGAUAAAUGAUUAUUUUAUUUUGAACUAUAUAUGCUUGAAAUCAGGGGUGUGCGGCAAAUCUCAAAAAUUGCCGAGCUCGGCAAAUUCGGCAAUCUCUUUUUUCAAUAUUUGCCAAGCACGGCAAAUUCGGCAAAUUUGCCGUGCUUAACAAACUCGGAAAAUUUUGAUAAUUUUUGAUGUUUUUUGGAACACCAAAACUACCGAAUUC